CAAGAUUGUCGGGUCACCUGACCAGAAAAAAACAAACAAACGCGCGGCAGUUGGUCCAACGACUUUUAAAGAAUGAUGUGUGUCUGAAGUAAAAUAAUGCAAAGUGGUUCCGGCCGACACUCGGACUCAGUGAGGCUGCGACCCGUCAGAUCUGAGGGUGAAUCCAGACAGCUGCGCAGAGUUCAGACCAGGAAGGUCCCCUACAGGGUGGGAUACAACUGGAACAAGGGAGGGAGACUCAAGGAGCUCAGAAUAAGACACUUGGCAAGAAAAUUCCUGAAGAUAUGGAUGCACAAUACCUUUGGUCGAGCCCUGACCCUGGAUGCCAGUUGCCACUACAGUAGAGGUGUGCUGAGAAGAGCGUUUGAAAGAUGGAGGGACGACUGGUGGACGUCCAGGAGGGAAUGGAGCCUUAUGAUGAGAGCAGAGUGUCACUACAGGUAUUACCUGUUUAACUUGACAUUUUACGGAUGGAGGAACUUUACAUCUUCACAGAGACAGAAAAAGACUAAAUUGCAGCAUGCACAAUCAUUAGCUGACAGGCGACUGAUACAUUUGGCUUUGGACAGAUGGAAGGUUUUCAUUGAGAUCAGGAGAGCACAUUGGAGGAUGCUUGAAUUGUCUCUUGAGCAGAAGAGGCUUUCAGAUUUGCACUCAGUGUGGAAUCUGUGGCAGACGAGGCUGCAGCGGCAACAGCACCUCAAGAUGUUAGAGGGUCGAGCCCAAGAGCAAAGGGCGCUGAGGCUACAGAGCAAGGCUUGGAAUCUUUGGAAAGAGACGCAUGGAGCCGCUUGUUACCAGAAGGAAGAAGAGUCUAAAGCGGCUCUUUAUUUCAUUCUGCGACUAAAAACAAGAGCAUUUCAUCAGUGGAUGAGUUUUGCCUCCCAUCAAAAGGCCAAGAAAGAUACACAAGCCAUGGCUCAGCGUGCAGGUCGUCUCCGCCUGGUCAGGAAGUGUUUGAGUGAAUGGAGAAUAGCUCUGAGUCACAAACAGAAGCAAGAGAGGCGUUUGCAAGCUGCAGACCACUUGGCUGUUCAGAGCACUCGACGCAGAGCGCUAGGCCGCUGGAGAGGCUAUGUGCAGCUGUGCAGAGAAAAAGUGGACAGAAACCAGACAGCACGUCAGCAUUUCCAGCAUCAUUUACUGCGAGCCGGACUGCUGGGGUUCUCUCUGAACGUCACCUGGAGCAAAACACACCGACUGAACAACAACAUGGCCGUCCAGCACUGUCAACAAACGAUGGUGACUAAGUACUGGAAACUGUGGAUCAAUCAGCUGGAGGAAGCCGAAGAUCAGAGCUUUCAGCCCCUAACCGACAAGGCGGUGACAAAUUACAGGGUUUCUGUGAUGAGGUGCUUUUUUCACCACUGGAGAGAAAAACUUGCUGAACAGAGUCGUAUGCAGGAAAUGGAGCAUCGUGCUGACGUCUGGUUUGCUGAGCGCAUCUUACCUCAAUGUUUCAGGUCUUGGGUGGAGUUCACUCUGCAGGGACAGCUGCGAGGACAGCGGCGACUCAAAGCUGAAGUUUUUAAUCGACAGCGUCAGUUCACCUGGGUGUUCUACACCUGGUGGGGACGGUCAGAGAAGCACAAGGAGCAGAAGCUCUUUGAGCGGAUGGCGGUUCUCCACGAGGAGCAACGCUGCUUACAGAGAGCUUGGCUGCGGUGGAGACGAUGGACACAGCAGCAGAUCAGAGAGGCGGAGAAACAGGAGGCUUCACACCAUCUGUACACUCACAGGCUUCUCCACAACACGCUGAUGCAGUGGAGAGACUACAGCGCUGAGAUGCGAGACAGGAGACUCAGAGAGCUGCAGGCUUGUCGUCGGAGGGAUUUACAUUCUCUGCAAUGGGCUGUAGAGAAAUGGAAGAAGUUUGUUCAAAAGCGGCGAGUGAAGAAAAGCAGACUGAAGGAGGUGCGAGAACACCAUGAAGCUAAGCUUCUCAAACAUUCCUUCGUGGCCUGGGAGAAUCAUCGAUUUGAGAUGUCUCUGAUGUAUGAACAUGCGAAGGAGCUUCAGCAGCAGCAAACACAGAGUUUACUCAGGAAAACCCUAACAGCAUGGAGGGAGAAAGCAGAGCUGCUGGCUGAGUUUCGGCUUGCGGAGCAACAAGCCCAGGAGCACUUUCAACAAUCCACUCAGAAGAAGGUUUUUCAUGCUUGGAGAGAAGUAACAACACAUGCACUGUUGAAGCGGGACCAGCAGAGGGAGGCGCUCAGCCGGGCUCAGAUAUCAGUAAAUAAAGCACGGCUGCUGCUGGUUUUCAGACAAUGGAGGAAACAAACCAUGGAGGCUCGGAGGCAGAGGAUAAACAUGGAAAAGGCUAGAAGACAUCAUAACUCCAAACUGCUCUCUACAGCCCUAAAUGCAUGGAGCAAGUAUCACUGCCAGCACCAGAGAAAUAAGGUGAUGAAAAGACAAGGACUUUUGUUGCUGAGGCUAAAGAUGUACCAAAAGUUCUUUGAACAGUGGAAAACGAAGCUGCAGCACAGACAGAGAUUGGCUAAUCAGACGGAGCGAGCUCUCUGGCACUGGUCCCUCACCCUUCAGGCUAAGUGUGUACACUUCAGCAGAAAUAAAGAUCAAUGGACCUCAGCAUUCGGGGUGUCUCAGUGUUGCUUUGUGAACCUGCUGCAGGUGUUGCUGGGAUGGAGGCUCUGGGUCACAGAACAGCACAGCAAGCGGAAGCAUGUAGCCAGAGCUGCACUGGUGUACAGAGACAAGCUGCUGAGGGAGGGCGUGACCUGCAUCCUCACCUACGCUGCGCACAUGAACGACCUCACAGCGAGUCUGACGCAGCCCAGCCAGGAACAAAGAUCACAGCGCCUGCAGAGAGUUGUGAAACGCUGCGCCAUGAGGUGGAAGUGGCGGGCGUUGCGUAAACCACAAAAGGAGCAAGAAGUCAGAGAGCAGCCGCUAAGGAAGAGUGUGACCUUCUGUUUGCCGUACCUUGGCAGCGUUUCCACGCCUGACUCAGCGGAGCAGGAAGAUGAAGCACUUAGCAGCCAGAAAUUUAACUUGAGCAGCACUGAAGCAGCACUGGAACCCCCACACCUACCUGCAGUGUCCUGCCUCCAUCAUGAUAAAGACCCUUCCACUUCUUCAUAUGAGACAAGCUUCAUAUCUGCAACAGAGUCACCUCUGGAGACCAGAACUCAAGAUCUUCUUCUGCCACCAUCGGCCUUUAUGACUUCAAGGAUACAGAAAUCUUUGAACAGUUCAGGUCUCAGAGAAGCUCCAUUUGUUCCCCUUCAUGAGUCUGUGUCUCCAUCUAAACACCUCCCACCAGGUUUUCAAGAUCCCAGUUUGAAGAAUCCUCCUGAUGAUGACGCAUCUGCUCUGACGAGUGAGCUUCUGAGCAUUCAGAUAGACAUGAAGAACUUCCAGCAGAGCAAAAAGCAGCUUUGGGCAUGGCGGAAGCUGAGAGACGUGUUGCGGAGUUGGGUGCAGAUGAGUGCAGAGGAUGAAGUGGAAAAAAGGGCCGUUUGUGAGGAGCUGAAGGAACUGGAGAAGCGAAUUGAGGAACUGUCUGCUGAGCUGGAAAAACAGAAACCAACAGUCCGGCUUCAUGUGGAGAGGAUCCAACGUUUGCAGUCUGCCCUCAACAAUACAGGAGUCUAUCCUCUCCAUUAGAAACUAAAGCACAUGGACAUCACUCUAUGACAGAAUCAAUACAUAGUACAUUCAUCUGCUCACUGUUGCUCUGAUGUUCCUGAAUUUCCCUGAAAACGACAAAUGCUGAUCCAGAUAUGUUCAGCUGAUCCACACUUUGUUACACCUUUGCAAAUUUCUUUUCAAAUAAACCUUUAAAUGCUAACUGAA